AUGGCUACCGCGCCAGCUCUCCCAGAGCAACUCAUCUACCUAAUAAUUCGCUUCACUGCCUCCGCACCUGAUCUACCACUUUCAAUACACACACCACGAACCAUCUCCACGCUCUCCCUCAAGCAACUCAUACGCCAACACCUCCCAUCCGAACAUGCUUCUGCGCGUCUCCGUCUCAUCUAUGCAGGCAAAGUCCUCGCAGACACAGAACCAGUAUCUCGGUCUCUAAAGCUACCGCCGCCACCACCACCACGUAAUACAAAGAGUAGUAGCGAUGGUGGAGGAGGAGGAGGAGGAGGAGGAGGAGGAAGCGCAAGCAACACCAGCGAUGCCAGCACCCCCAGCAAAAACAAAGGCAAACAACCCCUCCGCUCCACCCCCGCAAUACAAUACGGCACAACCGCAGAAAUCCCACCUUCAGCCAAGAAAUUCUACAUCCACUGCUCCCUCGGCGACGCGCUAUCAGUCUCUGAACUCGCGUCCGAAGCCACCUUGGCCGCAGCAACAGAAACGAGUCUGAGAACGUAUUACACUUCCUCGUCCUCAACUUCCUCAGCACAUCGCGCCGCAAACAGCACCACAAGUAAUCAUGCAUCCGAUCGACGGAACUCUAGUACAAAUACUCCACCAGGGGCGGCUACAACACCAUCCCUCCCCCAAGCCCAAGGCUUCGACCGCCUCCUCGCCUCGGGAUUUACCCCACAGGAAAUAUCCUCCCUCCGCUCCCACUUCACCACCAACCUCUCCUUCACACACACCCCAGACACGAUGCCUUCGCCGGCUCAAAUCCGCAUCCUAGAAGAUCGCUGGCUCGACGAAUCUGCAAACGACCCGUCGGCCUCGCUGGCUACCGGUGGCGGCGGCGCGGCCCAAGGUGAUGCGGGCUGGGGAGCGGGAUUUGCGGUCGAAGAGGGUGGGUUGGACGAUAUGUUGUAUGGGUAUUUGACGGGUUUCUUUUUUCCGCUGGGGGGGUUGGUGUGGGGGUUUAGGGAGGAGGGGGUUUGGACGCGCAGGAGGCAGGUGGCUGUUGUUAUGGGGGUUUUGAUUAAUGCUGUUUUUGGGUUUAUGAGAUGGGGUGCUUGA